AUGUCAGUAUUCUUCACUUUCUUUAUUUUGGGUUUGAAAUGCCGUGGUGCAUUUUUUAUCGUUGGUUCGACUAAGCAUUCAUUCCGCGCCAACCAAUGCUAUUUGACAUCGUCUGAUUCUCGAUUUGUUUUUCACAGGUUUCGCAAUCCUCCAACUGAUCCGUCGCAAGUGUUAGUGAUUGAGGAUUCUCCAAAUGGGGCACUUUCAGCUAUAAGUGCUGGAAUGCAAUGCGUCGUCAUACCAGAUCCUGCUCUUUGUCAGGAAGUUGAUGCGCUGAAAUUCGCUGUUUCCACUCUGAUUUAUCUUAUGCUUGUAUUCUUCUCUAAUGUCUCCCUUUCUCACAGAGCCACGCAAGUUCUCUCAAGCCUUGUGGAAUUCAAACCGGAAGAUUUUGGACUGCCUCCUUUCGAUUAG